GAUGAAGUUGAACGUCGUGUUAGAAUGUACGCCACAAAUACAAAUGUUAAGAGUACAGUACCAAUUUGGACAGGUGCUUCAUCUGUAAGAAACGAAAUCCCAGCGAUAAAUUUAAAGGACAAGUUGAACCGGCAACUGCAAGUACCUCAGUACAUAUGGAAGGUGGUUAAAGAUCAACUCGCAAUAAUCCACGUCAACGUUCCUGACUUAACGUUGUCUACUGCAUCAUCUUACAUCCUAUGCGAGGAUAUCUGCAACACAGUACACUGGAUGGUAUACGGACAUUGGCAAGACGUUGACAAAGGUUUCAUCUACUGCUGCAGUAUAAAGGAUUUUGAAAAGGCCUUCGACUACGAUGGUUACGGAAUCUUUGAAUGAUUAUUCAUUGUCUGGCGGGAUUCACAUUUAAG